AUGCUGCCCCUAUCUAAGCUGCCAUCUGUGCUUCCGAAUAUCUGUUACGUCCGUAGCAUCUCGCAGCGUGUGCGUACACUCCCGGACAAUGUAUUCGCCGAAUUUUCUGCUCUAGCAGCUAAACACGGGGCCGUGAAUCUUGGUCAAGGUUUUCCGACAUUUCAAACCCCACACUUUGUACAACAAGCGGCAAUUAACGCUAUCACCAACGGAAAUAAUCAAUACACGAGACCAGGAGGACAUGUGAGCUAUGUCGAAACAUUAGCAGAAAUGUAUUCAUCGUUAUUUCGUCGUGAACUUAACCCCAUGACAGAAAUAGUGACAUUUAAUGGAGCGCAAGAAGGAAUUGCGUCCAUCAUGGCAGCAGUUCUUGAGCCUGGGGAUAAAGUUGUCACAUUUGAGCCCUACUUUGAUGCGUACAUGACUGUUUCCCAGCUGCAUGGUGUAAAGUCAGCUGGUGUCCCCUUUCAUUUCGAUACGACCAAACGUGCCGCUUUCUUGAGUGAGAAUACUAACGUGGCCGAGCACUUUACGUCACGUGACUUCCAAGUAGAUCUGGAGCUAUUGGAGACCAAAUUGACUCCCGAGACCAAAAUGCUUAUUCUCAAUACACCGCACAACCCACUUGGAAAAGUCUUUUCAAGACAUGAACUUGAACAGCUUGCACAUGUCCUAGAGCGUCAUCCAAACGUUAUCGUAUUAGCUGACGAAGUAUACGAAUUUAUGACAUUCGAUGGACUUAAGCACGAACGUAUCGCGUCAUUGCCUGGAUUUUUUGAUCGAACUAUAUCCCUCUUCAGUGCCGGCAAAACCUUUUCAUGUACAGGCUGGCGAGUAGGCUACGCAGUGGGACCAGCACACUUGAUUGGAGGCAUCAUCAAGGCGCACAGUACGGUUCCUUUCUGUGGUACAACGCCAUUUGAAGUGGCAUUGUCGUCAGCUUUUCAUCAGGCAAAGCAUAAUGGAUAUUACGACGAACUGAGGGAGACGCUACAGGCCAAGCGCGACCGUCUAUGCGCUGCACUGCAAGCAUACAGCUGGCGCCCAAUUGUUCCAGAAGGAGGCUACUUCGUGUGUUGCAACGUGGAGGGCCUGUCGUACUACGAUGAGUUUCGGGGUACAAAGGUUACGCCAGAGACGCCCAAAACGGAGUUACCUGACUACCAGUUUGCGCGAAAACUUGUCAAAGCUGGCCAUAUGGCAGUGAUCCCAACGUCACCUUUUUAUAGUCGUUCAGAGCAUCGUCUAGCUCCGGGUGUUGUGCGUCUUGCUUUUUGCAAGGAUGACAAGACACUCGAUGAUUCAAUCCGCGUCAUUGAGUCUUUGAAGAAUUAA